GCUUUCUUGUCCCUUGUCACUACCCGUCCGUACCUACGAACUGAUGUACUACUAAGAAAUGGCAGAAGCUCCUACACGGCCCUGCCGGUUUUUUUGUCACCGGUGCUCAGCAGAGAUUACUCCACGUUUACCGGACUACACCUGUCCACGCUGUGAGUCUGGCUUCAUUGAAGAACUGCCAGAGGAAAGAAGUACUGAAAAUGCAUCUGCAUCCAUAUCCUCCUCCAGUGAUCAGAACCACCCAGCCUUUGAGAACAUGGAUCAACAGCACUUAUUCACAUUUCCUUCUGGGUAUGGCUCAUUUGCCCUUGGAAUUUUCGAUGAAAAUUUGGACAUUCGAACGCGACUGCCGACAGAGGACAACCGAGAGACAGAAAACAGGAGAGAGCGGGAAAUGGCAUCACGUCAACGAUACAGUGCACGGCAACCACGGGGUCGACAUGUUCCUCGACGACAGGGUACACGCCAUGAAGGAGUACCCACAUUAGAGGGAAUUAUCCAGCAGCUAGUAAAUGGAAUCAUAGCACCUACAGCCAUGCCAAAUAUUGGGAUGGGACCAUGGGGUAUGCUACAUUCCAAUCCAAUGGACUACGCCUGGGGUGCCAAUGGACUUGAUGCUAUCAUUACACAGUUAUUGAACCAGUUUGAGAACACGGGUCCUCCUCCUGCAGACAGAGAGAAGAUAAAGAGUUUACCCACAAUCUCCAUCACAGAGGAACAUGUGGGUGCUGGUUUAGAGUGUCCUGUGUGCAAAGACGACUACCGUGUUGAGGAGCGUGUUAGACAACUGCCAUGCAAUCAUUUGUUUCACAAUGACUGUAUAGUACCAUGGCUGGAACAGCAUGAUACAUGUCCUGUGUGCAGGAAGAGUCUUAGCGGACAUAACACAGCCACAGACCCACCGGGGUUAUCAGGAAUGAACUUCUCCCCCUCCUCCUCCUCCUCCUCUUCUUCCUCGCCCAGCUCACCUAGCAAUGAGAAUGCUGCCAGCAACUCAUAGAUUUUCCCCCGUCACCACUACUUCUCAUCUGAAAACCUCACACGCAGCUGAGACCUAAAGCCUCUUCUCUCCCACAGAGACCAGGACAGUUGUCUGUCUCAGUCCUAGGCAAUGCUAUGAAUCAAGGUGAACUCUGGAUCUGUUGCAGAGUAUUAGUCAUCAUUCCUCCCCCCUGUGUUAAACGGACACUCGGUCCAGCUUCUGCUGCUACUGGGAGGUGGGACUAGGCACUGGUGAAGGAGGAUCCACAAAGGCAGUGAAUAAUAAUAAUAAAAGUGCGGUGGUGACCUGAACUGGUGGAGAGUUUGAGCCUUUUUGAUGGAGACGUCUUUGCCACAAAGCUGGGACACAUUUUAUAUUUAAAAGACAAAAUGCUCUUUUUAAAAAACACACACUGACACACACAUUGCCUGUAGUGGUGCAAUCAUAGAUGUGUAGAUAGAGAACUUGUGUUAACUGUCAGCCACUGUACAGCCAAUGGAUCAACCUUGUGGAAUGGAAACUGAGUGUAUGCAUCAGAUUUUUUUUUUAUUUGCACCAAAUUCUGUCUGAUAUUGAGACUGUGAAUUUGGCCAAACUACUGAACAAAAAUAUUAGUGUCUUUUAGGGUGUAUUUUUGUUUGCUUUGGGUUCUUUUGUUAUAAUUCAACCCAGUGUAUUUUGUGUAUCUUGGCAAGGUGAAGAUACUCACAGCUCAAGAGUGGACACAUUUUUAUUUCUCAAGUGAAAAUUUCACAAAUGUACUUAUUUAUUGAACUCUUGCCCAAGACUGAGCAAUGUAAAAAAGACAUGGAAACAGACAUGGGAUCAUCUCACCUCUAUGGACAAAUGUGUUUAACAAAACAAGUGUUUAUUACUUUAUUUACUGAUUUUUCGUACAGUCACAAUAAAGUGCUAAAACAACAGAUUU